AUGGGAUGCAUUAGUGCUAAAGAUGUCCAGUAAUCAAUCAACAAAAACAUCUAUAAUAAUAUGAAAUAAAUACAUAUCAUAGCCUUUGAUCAAGUAAUUUUUGUAUUCAUAUUUCAAUAGCUUUUUUUAUUGUAAUCUCAAUGUCUAAGAGAACUAGAUCUAUUACAGAAUAAAGUUAUUUCUAGGAGAAUUAAUAUGAUCAAUAUUACUAAAGCUCAUCUUCUCAAUAAUCCUAAAUUAAUAGAAGCUUAUAAAUUAUGGACUUGGGGAGUUUCGCUUUGUAACAAGGGAAAUUCAAAAGGAAUGAAUGUACAUUUCAGUUUCACUAAUCCAGAUGAAUCUGUUGAUAAGAAUCCUACUUUCAUUUACAAUUUAGGUUCCUGUAAAGAACUUAGGUUUCAUUGGUUUGCUAUAAUUCUUAAGGAAUAUGUUGAAUAUGUAUAAAAUGCAAAACAAUUAUUUCCAGAAGAACGUCUCAAAGCCAAGGAUAUUUAUGAUAAAUUAAAGACUAUGAGGGAACAAUCAUAAAUUUACUUAAACAAUUUAUCUCCACCUGAAAAGAUUGAAGCAUUUACCAAUAUUGAAUAUAAUAUGAGUAAAAUUCAUAAAGGAUUACAUAAUGCAGAUUAAUUUUAUGAACAUUUAAAGGAAUUAGAAUUUGAGUUAUUAACAAUUAUUGAUAAGAAUUAUCAAUAUGAAAAUGAAGCAGAUUAAUGGGGUCGAAAAUUAUAUCGAGAUCUUGAUGUUAUUCCUAUUGGGAAUGAUUCCUAUAGAAUGAGAGCAAAAAUGAAUAGUUUAGUAUUAUUGUAUCAUCCAGGAAAAAAAAGAACAUCAGAAGAAGAAGAUUAUUAUUAUAAUAUUAAAUUAGAUCGUUCAAAAAUUAAACCUAAAAUUAUGAACAAUAAUAAUGAAGAAGAUUAAGAAAAGAAAUUUAAUUUUAAAUUAAAAUGGACUGGUUGUUCUGAAGUUGAUAGAAAAUGGAGUGAAAUCUCAUAUAUUUUAGAAGAACAUAAUGAAUAAAUGAAAUAAAUAAAAUAGAUUAGAAAUAAAAUACGAAAUGAAUUAUAAACUUAUAAGUAUGAAGAUGACAAUUUGAUUGUAGCUUGGAAAAUUUAUUGUCUAUCAUUAUUAACUGAAUUAAAGGAUGUUAAAAUUAUACUAAACAUUAGUGAUUAAGAAUCAGUUUAAAAAAUUCUUAAAAAUUAAAUAGUUUUAAGUGAGAAUUUAGAAUUAUAAUCUAAAUUAUUUAGUGAAUAUUUUUUCAUAAUAAGACCUACAAAACAGAAAUAAUUAAAAGAAUAUUGGAAGAAAUUGGACUUUGAUAAAUAAUGGAUUUAGGGAUCAUUUAUGUAAUAUGAUCAAUUUAAAUUGAUACCUCAUUAAAAUCAAUAUAAUAUGAUGACAAAUUAAGCCAAAAAUAUAUAUGAAUUUACUUCGAAGAACCCUAUUUAUUAAUAGAUCUAUGAGAAAAGUUAUUUAUUCAUUUAUUACAUUUAGAAUACAUGAGAUUAGAGAAAGAGGGAGAAUAGUUAUUUAGUAAUGGCAAAUCUUUAUUUGAUGAAAUGGAGAAACUUUAUGAAUAAUAUAAGAUAGACAAAGAUGUUGAUAAAUUAAUGAAACAACAAUUAAGGAGUGAUGAUAUUAUUUUAAAGAAAAAAUCUAAACUUUCCAAAUAUAAUUGA